AUGGUGAAAAUAGGAGGAGGAGGUGGAGAAGAUAAUCCGUAUCUAAUGAGCUCUAACAACUUCGCUGGUCGGCAAAUAUGGGAGUUUGAUCCAAAUGCCGGCACGUCGGAAGAACGAAUUGCCAUCGAGGAGACUCGCCGGAGUUUUUACGAUAAUCGCCAUCGUGUGAGAGCUUGCAGUGAUCUUUUAUGGCGCAUGCAAUUUCUCAAGGAGAAAAAAUUCGAGCAAGUAAUCCCGCCGGUCAAGAUCGACGACGCUGAGAAAAUCACGAACGAAGCAGCUACCAAUGCAUUACGAAGAUCCGUUCACUACCUCUCGGCGUUGCAAAGCAGUGACGGUCACUGGCCAGCUGAAAUCACCGGUCCUCUCUUCUACGUUCCUCCAAUGGUGUUCUGUUUCUAUAUCACAGGACAUCUUGAGGAGAUGUUUACUGGAGAGCAUCGUAAAGAGAUGCUUCGAUAUAUCUAUUGUCACCAGAAUGAAGAUGGUGGAUGGGGAUUACACGUAGAAGGCAAGAGCGGUAUGUUUUGCACCGCACUGAACUACAUAUGUCUGCGUAUUCUUGGAGAAGGUCCAGAUGGAGGGGCGUGUAAGCGUGCUCGGCAAUGGAUUCUUGAUCGUGGUGGUGUCACUUACAUACCUUCUUGGGGAAAAUCUUGGCUUUCGAUACUCGGAAUCUAUGAUUGGAGCGGAACCAACCCCAUGCCUCCAGAGAUCUGGCUGCUUCCUUCUUUUCUUCCUAUACAUCUUGGGAAAACAACUUGCUUUUGCCGACUGGUUUACUUGGUCACGUCUUACUUUUAUGGGAAGAGAUUUGUUGCUCCAAUAACACCUCUUAUUGUGCAACUGCGGCAAGAACUCUACUUAGAGGCUUACGAAGAAAUCAAUUGGAAUACUGCACGUCGUCUAUACGCAAAGGAAGACAUGUAUUAUCCCCAUCCUUGUAUUCAAGAUUUCGUAUGGGACAGUCUUCACAUUUUCUUGGAGCCUAUCCUUACACGUUGGCCAUUGAACAAGCUUGUGAGAGAAAAGGCUCUUCGGGUAGUGAUGGGAUACAUACAUUAUGAAGAUGAAAAUAGCCAUUAUAUCACCAUUGGAUGCGCUGAGAAGGCAAUGUGCAUGCUUGCUUGUUGGGCUGAAGAUCCAAACGGAGAAUAUUUCAAGAAGCAUCUCGCUAGGGUUCCGGAUUACCUGUGGAUUGCUGAAGAUGGGAUGAAAGUGCAGAGUUUUGGAAGUCAACUAUGGGACACGGCACUUGCGAUUCAAGCUUUACUUGCAAGUAAUCUCUCCAACGAAAUCGCCAUUAUACUCAUGAAAGGACAUGAUUUCAUUAAGAAAUCUCAGGGCUCUCUUAGAACUCUUUUCCUAAAUCAAACAACUUUGAAGAUUAGAGAAAACCCUUCGGGAGAUUUCAUGAAGAUGGACCGCCACAUUUCCAAAGGAGGAUGGACUUUCUCUGAUCGAGAUCAGGGAUGGCAAGUUUCUGAUUGUUCAGCCGAAGCAUUAAAAUGUUGUCUUCUGCUCUCCAUGAUGCCACCUGACGUUGUUGGCCCAAAGAUGGAUCCUGAGCAACUAUAUGAUUCUGUGAACCUCUUACUAUCUUAUCAGAGUGAAAAUGGAGGUAUGACGGCAUGGGAGCCUGCCCGUGGAUAUGGAUGGUUAGAAUUGUUCAACCCCACAGAGAUUCUGGCUGAUCUUGUGAUCGAGCGUGAGUACGUCGAGUGUACUUCAUCGGUUAUCCAAGCGUUGGUAAUGUUCAAGGAACUAUACCCAGAUCACAGGACGAGAGAGAUUGAUAGUACCAUUGAGAAGGGGGUGCAAUUCAUAGAAAGCACCCAAGAGGCAGAUGGUUCAUGGUAUGGAAGUUGGGGAGUUUGUUACACAUAUGCAACAUGGUUUGCUCUUGGAGGCUUAGCAGUAGCUGGUAAAACGUAUGACAACUGUUUGGCUAUGCGUGAAGGUGUUGCUUUCCUUCUCAAGAAACAGAACAGCAAUGGAGGUUGGGGAGAAAGCUAUCUGUCUUGCUCUGAAAAGAGAUACAUAGCAUUAGAAGGAGAGGGAUCAAACCUGGUGCAAACCGCUUGGGCAUUGAUGGGUCUGAUUCAAGCGGGACAGGCCGAGAGAGAUCCAGUGCCUCUUCACCGUGCUGCCAAACUAAUCAUCAAUUCGCAACUAGAAAACGGGGAUUAUCCUCAACAGGAAAUGACAGGAGUGUUCAUGAAGAAUUGUUUUCUAAACUAUGUAACCUACAGAAACAUCUUCCCGUUAUGGGCGCUUUCAGAGUACCGUAAAGUUAUUAGCUUUGCAGCUCCUCAAGAUUUUUAG